AUGGCUGGCUCGUCCCCCGCUCGCCCAAACGGCAACCAGUGGGCAAGCCCUUCUUCACGAUCAGUCAUAUCCGACAUUCUCGCUGGCGACCGCAAUUCCGAGGCUCGACACAGACUUCUGAUUGAGGCAGCAAGGAGGGAACAUGAACGUGUGCGCGAGGAGGCCGAAAGGGUAUACCAGGAACACCUGUGGAGACAAGAGCAGGAACGCCUGAUCGAGGAACGGAAGAAAGAGGAGGACAGGAUACGGCAAGAAGAACAGCUUGCUGCUGAGCGAAGGAAGAUCAAUGCUCUCAAGGCAAAGAAGGUCGAAAUCCCGCCCGUUUUGCCCGACCCCGAACCAGUAAAGGCACCACCUCCAGCCCCGAAGCCUGCCUCAACGCCAACUCCGUCACAACCACUCGCGACUCAACUCAAUGGCAGUUCGCUCUUCGGAAAGACACCCGAUACACAGGCUGCGUCUGCAUCAGCUGCGCCGAAGGGGUUUGGAGCGUUUGGACAGACAUCAACAAGUGCGCAACCCGCCACUGCUGCCCCGAAGCAAACAACGCCUCCAAUUGCAGCCUCCUCUUCACCUGCGGUCAACAACUUGCUAGGAAACAGUACCCAGGUCAAUGGAGUCACGGCGCCCGCGACCGUUGCUAAACCACAGGCACCAGCGCCCGCGCAGCAAGGACCCGACCGCUUGACAGUUAUUCACAAAAACCUAAAACUGCUGCGCAAGUCAAUGUUGGACCAAGCAAAAGCGAAUCCGGCGCUCAAGUCUCGCAUGGGAGAUAUGCGCCGAGAGAUCAGGAAGUGUGUUGGACAACUCACGGGAGGCGGCGCAGGAGUUAACCGCGCUCGAAACCGCGUGCAGUCUCAGCUCGUUGACCCGAAUACUUUCCUCGUCGAACCACGAGCGCCGGUCCAAGGACCUACCAACAACGAUCCGCAGAUCCCGUCACUCUUUAUCUACCUACUGAACGUUUUCGCCAAGGCGACCAUCUCUCAGUUCAUCAACGAAGGCGGCCCGCGCCCGGAGACAACCGAUCCCGUGGGCGUAUGUAUCGCCGCCAUAUUUUCCGAUCCGGCCUUCGCGUGGCGCGGGGCCUCCUUGAUCGACAUCCUUUUCGCCAAAUUUCGUGUCGUCUGUCCCGUGCUCUGGGGCUACAGAGGCAGCGAAAAGACAGAGCAAGGACGCGCCAGGAUAGGAUGGUGGAAAGAGAACGGAAGAUGGGUUACGGAACAGGCACAUUUUGACCGCAUGACGGGUCUCGGUGCCGGCUUUGCCGCAAUAUCGUUGCGAAACUUUGGCUCGUCCAAGAAGCAGAACCCAUACCCACCACGUCAUUACUGGGCGGCCAUGGCGAAGAUCAUCAACACCCCUUCAGCAGAGAUAUCCAACACCCAGUGUGUGGUUCUGAAAGCUAUGAUCCAGAACUACGAGGAAAAGUUUAUCCACGCGUAUGGGACCGCUGCUCUUGCGGCGUUAAGGACAGCGCUUGUCGAGUUCCCUGCUCGGGCGCCGGUCAAGUCCAGUGCUGUUAAUUCGUUACAGGUUGUCUAUGACCUGCUCAGGAAGAGUACUGGACUUGUUCUUGGAUAA